GUUAACCAGGGGACCACUCUGGGUUCUGCCCGCAUCAUUGCUCUUGGAGCGGGGAGGAGGUUGAGAAGAUUGUGCUUCACUCAACAGCCAUUCACCAGUCUCCUUUGUUGGCCAGGGGUAGGGCAGCCCCCACCCAUCUCCGCAGAUGCACAGUCUGAGUCACCUGCGCUUUAUUCAACUUUCCAGCCUCAGCCAGACCAGACGAGGACCACGAUCCCUGGGUGCUUCCCAGGCCCCCUGGAUCCACGAACAACGGGGUGGCAGAGCUGAGUUACAGGUCCCUACUCGGGCCCCCACCUCCGCUCCAGUCCUGCAGAACCAAGUGACCUGCAGCAAGGAGCGAGGAGAACAAUCUUGCCCUGAAAACGGCCACUGGGAGACAUGUGCUGAUAUCUGCGGGGCCAGCUGUCCACACGAGGAGGUGCCUCUGACCUGCCACAGCCCGUGCCGUGAGGGCUGCGUGUGUGAUGCCGGCUAUGUGUUCAGUGGUGGGGCUUGCAUGCACUUGGCCCUCUGUGGCUGCCCCUGGCAAGGCCGUGUCCUGCCCCUGGGGGCUCGAGAGCUGAGCUCCAACUGCCGUGAGCUGUGCGAGGGUAAGGAGGCUGAGUGGCCACCUCACUGUGUCCCCCAGGCUUGCAGAGAUGGGGCCGCAUGUCUCCUGCGUGCUGGGGCCUGGCGCUGUGGAGUCCCGAGAGGCAGCAGCUGGGUGUCAGGUGACCCCCGUUACCGCACCUCUGAUGGGGCCACCUUCACGACCCAGGGGGCCUGCCCCUACAUGCUGAGCCAUACCCGUCCACCCCGCAGCCCGUGUGACGCGGCCCAGCGGGUCCAGGUGGAUGCCCACAGGGUGAAGGUGAUGACGGAGGCUCAGACUCCCGGCAGGGUUCAGGUGAAUGAGACCCAGGCCCACCUACCCUUGCCCCUGACCAGCAACCCCGUGCAUCUGUACUUCCGUGGUUCUGGGGCGGUGCUACAGACCAAGGCUGGCCUCCUAGCUGCCUAUGACUGGCGCCACCACUUACGCGUCAUGGUGCCCGAGACCUGUGCUGGGGCCCUCUGUGGCCUGGCGGGGGGGAGCUUCCGUGGCUCCAAUGGCUCCCUGCUGCCCGACACAUGGAGGCCUCUUCACGAUCAGCUGCAAGAAUCCGGAUUCCCCAGCCAGCUCCUGCAUCACGGGCCCCACCCGUCUGUGCCCACAUGACAGGGAGGCCCGGACCCGUCCCUGGUCUUCUGUGGGCUGCUGGGGACCCACAGCAGGGCCCUCCAGGCCUGUGAUGAGCCAGCCGAGGCCCAAGCCCACAUGGAGAACCACGUCCACGACCUCUGUGCCACCAGGGACUCCAGGGAGCUCUCACGUGCAGUGCUAGGGAGUCACGCCCAGCAGUGCCAGUGGCAGGGCCUCCCCGUGCAGCCCUGGAGACACCCAGUAGACUGUGACGAGUGGCCACUGUACUGGUUCUCAGGGCGUGGGCGCUGCCUUCCUCUCCAUGCCAGCCAGGAGUCUUCUGCUUGCUGGCUACAGAAAACUAAUCAGCUCACUUUGCUGACUUAUGUAAUUAAUGAUCUAAAAGUAGUUACUUCAGGCCUGUCUCAGUCUGGAGUUCAAACAGUAUCAUCAGCCCUGGUUUCCUGCUUCCUGCCGCGUUGGCCCUUGUCUGGACAGGCUCACCCUGAGAAGAGUAGCUCCAGACCUGCAGACACUCAGGUUUCAGCCCAGCAGGAAAGAGAAACCCUUAGUUGGGAAGGCCCAGCACAAUUUCACUGUAUCUCAGUGGCUGUGACUGGCUCCUUCUUGAGUCAAUCACUGGCCGGGCUCGGGGCUGUGGGGUGGGAUGAUUCUCCAAUUGGCUUCUGCCUGACUCCAGGCUCUGACCCUAGGGAGGUUGUCUGGGCAGAAGCUGGGGUGAGGUUAGCAGCGGACAAUGGGUGCCGGCUGGUGCCCCAAAGACAAACAUGCACUCUUCUCCCCAUCUUUGUCCUGCAGCUGAGCCACCUUUGUCAGGAGCAUUAAGCCGUCUUUCAAAUAUUUUUGAUAAUGACCCACAGUGUGAAAUACAGUUAGUUUGGGGACCCAAUUGUAUUCGUUUUCUAUUGCUGCUGUAGCAAAUUGCCACAAACUCUGUAGCUUAAAACAACAAAAAUUUAUGACAUUACAAUUCUACAGGUCAGAAAUCUGACACAGUUCUCAUCAGGCUAAAAAUCAAGGUGUCUGCAGGGCUGUGGGCCUUUCUGCAGGGUCUAGGGGAGAGUCAUCUUCUUGCUCAUUCAGAUUGCUGCUGAAUUUAAUUCCUGGUGGUUGUAGGACUGAGGUUUCCAUUUCUUUGCUGGCUGUAAACUGAAGUCUGUCCUCAGCUUCUAGAGGCCUCCCACAUUCCCUGGCUUGUGGCCCCUUUCUCCAUUUUCAAAGCCACUAACAGCAGGCCUGGUCCCUCUCAUGCUUCAAAUCUCUCCUGCCUCUUUGUAACCUUCCUGCCUCCAUCUUCCACUGUCAAGAACUCAUGUGAGUACAUUGGGCCCAUCUGGAUAAUCCAGGAUAAUCUCCCUCAUCUCAAGGUCCGUAAUGUAUUCAUACCUGCAGAGUUUCUUUUGCCAUAUGAUGUAACAGGUUCACAGGAUCCAGGGAUUAGGCCAUUAUUUGGCCACACCAGUAUGUACAUACACAUAAUACAAAGUG